AUGACAAAACUUCAGGCCAAGCAUCAGGCAGAAUGUGAGCUACUUGAAGAUAUCAGAGCAUUCAGUCAGAAGAGAGCUGCAAUUGAGAAGGAAUAUGCACAGAGCAUUCAGAAGCUGGCUAGCCAAUACUUAAAGAAGGACUGGCUUGGAGUAAAAGCUGAUGAACGAAGUGAUUAUAGGAGCAUGUACUCAGUUUGGAAAUCACUUUUAGAAGGCACGAUGCAAGUGGCCCAAUCCCGACUCAGUAUCUGUGAGAACUAUAAAAACUUAAUUUCUGAACCAGCCAGGACUGUACGGUGCUUUAAGGAACAGCAGUUGAAGAAGUGCGUGGACCAGUUGACAAGGAUCCAAGCUGAAUUACAAGAGACAGUAAAAGAUUUAGCUAAAGGCAAAAAGAAAUAUUUUGAGACUGAACAGAUGGCUCAAGCAGUGCGGGAGAAAGCUGAUAUUGAGGCCAAGUCCAAACUUAGUCUUUUUCAGUCAAGAAUAAGCUUGCAGAAGGCAAGCGUAAAGUUAAAAGCACGACGAUCCGAGUGUAAUUCCAAGGCUAUCCAUGCAAGGAAUGAUUAUCUUCUCACUUUAGCAGCUGCUAAUGCACACCAAGAUCGCUAUUAUCAAACAGACUUAGUAAACAUUAUGAAGGCUCUUGAUGGAAAUGUAUAUGAUCACCUUAAGGAUUAUUUAAUGGCAUUCAGCCGGACUGAACUAGAGUCAUGCCAAGCUGUACAAAACACAUUCCAGUUUUUACUGGAGACUUCCAGCAGGGUGGUGCGGGAUUACAAUCUACAGCUGUUUUUACAGGAGAACUCUGUGUUUCACAAACCGCAGCCUUUCCAGUUCCAACCAAGUGACAGUGACACUAGUCGACAACUGGAAUCGGAAACUGGAACAACUGAAGAGCACAGCCUCAACAAGGAGGCUCGGAAAUGGGCUACCCGGGUAGCCCGUGAGCACAAAAACAUCAUCCACAGUCAGCGGACACUUGAAGAGCUAGAAUGCCAUGGGCCUGUGAUGUCUGAGCAAACCCGAGCAGAACUGGAGCAGAAAAUAGAUGAAGCCAGAGAGAGUAUACGCAAGGCUGAGAUAAUUAAGCUGAAAGCAGAAGCCCGUCUCGAUCUGCUGAAGCAGAUCGGUGUGUCCGUGGAUACUUGGCUAAAAAGCGCCAUGAACCAAGUGAUGGAAGAACUGGAAAACGAACGCUGGGCCAGCCUGCCUUCAGUAACCAACAAUGGCUCUUCACACCUGAUUAAUGCUGAUGCAGAAAAGGAAGAAGGUGAAGAGUUUGAAGACAGCAUGGAUGUUUUUGAUGACAGUAGUUCUAGUCCUUCUGGUACUCUAAGAAAUUAUCCUCUCACCUGCAAAGUUGUUUAUUCAUAUAAGGCUUCUCAGCCAGAUGAAUUGACCAUAGAGGAACAUGAGGUAUUGGAGGUUAUUGAAGAUGGAGAUAUGGAAGACUGGGUAAAGGCACGAAAUAAAGCGGGUCAAGUGGGUUAUGUGCCAGAGAAGUACCUGCAGUUCCCGACAUCCAGCAGUCUGCUGAGUAUGCUACAGUCCCUUGCGGCACUGGAUAGUCGAUCACACACCUCAAAUAACUCCACUGAGGCCGACUUAGUCUCAGGCAGCCUGAAUGGAGACUCCAGUGUCUGUUUUGUAAAAGCACUUUAUGAUUACGAGGGCCAGACAGAUGAUGAGCUGUCCUUCCCAGAAGGAGCGAUCAUCCGCAUCUUGAACAAGGAAAAUCAAGAUGAUGAUGGCUUUUGGGAAGGAGAAUUCAAUGGACGCAUUGGGGUGUUCCCAUCAGUAUUAGUUGAAGAGCUUACAGCCUCAGAAAACGGAGAGACUCAGUGGAUUGGAGAUAUUCAGGUAUCCCCAACUCCGAAGCCUAAUAAUGCCCUUCCACCGCUGCCACUGUAUGACCAGCCUCCCACUAGUCCCUACCACAGUCCGGAUAAAAGGGGUUCUCAGUACUUCCCCAGAUCACCGUCAACUAACGAAAACAGCUUCAGUUCAGAGUCCCCUGCAUUCUCACAGCCUCCUCGAAUUCCUCCGGAAACUUCAUAUGGCAAACUGCGACCUGUGCGAGCAGCUCCACCACCCCCUACACAGCAUCAUCGCCGGACAACAGAGAAGAUAGAGGACGUGGAAAUUACUCUGGUGUAAUGAUUGGACUAGUUAAGUAGUAGUGCUACAAUCAAGACCAAACGCGGUAUUUGGUCAAUCUCGUUUUUAGGCACCUUUGCAUGAUGAAGACUUUUACUAUAGAGCAAGAGAUAGGGAGGAUUUUAUGUGACACUGACAUGGUGGAUUCCUUCCCACAGUCAUGAAUAUUUUGUGCCUUUUUUUUGGUUUGAUUUAUAUACAUCAUUCUUCCUCUCUUAGCACAAACCAAGACCGGCCAAACAGCGAGCAGAGGAAUUGCCUUGGAGCAGGUUUCUCUCUUGGCUGAAGAUGGUCAAUUUUUGUACAGAGGCUGAGGAAAGAGCCUCAUUCAUGCAACUUAGUCAUAGCAUACUUCGAUCACGUGCAUUAGUACAGUAUAUUACUGUUGCCAUAGGAAUGUGUUAAAGAUUGUCAAUUCUUCAAGUAGCAUUACUUGUCUGAUUAGGUAUUAAUCAGAUCUUGUGGAAUGAAAAAGGGAACUGAAAAAUAAGUAUAAGGAGAGGCUGGCUCCUCUUUAAUCCCCUUGCAGAAAGGAAGAAACCGGAAAAUAAUCUUAUAGAUAAGGAAAACUGAUGCAGAUCAUAUGGCGUUAAUUACAUUAAUGCACACCUCUUCAAUAAUUAACAGUUAAACUGUUAUGUUCUUUGUAUUAAUAUUUAUGCAGUACAUUUAGUAAUAGAGUAUCUAAUAUGGAGGUGCUGAAUUAGUAGUAACAUCUUGUUCCAUAGCAUAAACCAACUGGUAGAAAAGUAAGUGAGAUUUUGUCUAGAUCUGGAAAUUGAGCUUCAUUUUUUUUCUUAGCAGAUUUUGGGGGAUUUUUUUUGGUUUUUUUUUUUAAAGUAUUUGGGUCACUCUUAUCCCAGUUAUUGCCGUGUACUUUAUUAUCCAACAUUAGCAGUGUAUCUUUGUCAUCAAAACA